AUGGCCUUGAAACCCGAGGACCCCAGUAAUGGGUUCCAGCAUGACAUGGUGGUGGCCUUCAUCAACGAGAGGAUGAGCAGGCACGAGAAAGGCUCUGCGUUCUAUCUCGGGAAUAUACACUUGUCCUGGGCGGAGGUGGAGGACAAGCUCCAGGCCACACUGGAGGAUCGUCAGGUGCCCAGCGAGGCCAAAGAGGCCUGUGUCUGGGGCAGCCUGGCCCUGGGCGUGCGCUUCGCCCACAGGCAGAGCCAGUUACACACGCGCAAGGUGCAGUGGCUGCAAGACUUCACCGAACUGCACAAGUCGGCCGCGGAGGCCUUGGUCUCAGACCUGAAGUUGCUCAAGGCACAGCAGGAGGUGGAGCGCAAGGAGGCGGCCUUCCUGCUGCAGCUAGCCCAUGCCAGGCUGGCGGAGGUGCAGAGAGAGCGGGACCUCCUGAAGUGGAAGCUGGCGCAGGCAGAGCCGGUUGCAAAGGGACCAGGCCUGGCCACUGCCAGUGGGACCGGGGCAGAAGGAGCAGGUGAGGAGGAAGAGGAGGCAGGGGCCACUGCUCCUGCUGCAGCCGCUUCUGGAGCCACAGAAGGAGGAGGAAGACAGAAGGGUGUGGAAGGGUCAGAAGCUGCCGAGGGAGCAGAGGAGCUGCGCGGAGACCUUAUGCAGCUUCCCGGAGUUGGGAACCAGAAAAAGUACACCUCUGACGCACCCACACCAUCCCCACCCACGUCCUCCCCACCAGCAGCGCCGUUCACAGCAGGAGCUCCAUCUCAGAGGUCUCCCCGCUGGGGGCCCUCUGAUUCUAGCUUGCGGUCUGAUGUGGGGGGCCAGAACCGCGUGCUUUACAAAGGCCCAGUGCCCUUUAGAGAAUCACAGUCUGAGGCCCCAGGGAGCAGAGAGACAGAGAAGCAGAGAGGAGUUGAUCCCGUGACCCCAGACGUGCAGAGUGGCAGCCCGACCACUUUUCACUUCCUGCAGUUGUGCUGA